GGCUCUGGGCGCUGCCGUGUCUUUCUCCGCUCGAGGAGGCUGGAGGCGUCUGCACGGGACCCGAGAGCUACUGGUGAACAGGUUAAAGGAAAACAUCUAGGACAUCCGUGGUCAUCUUGCAACAUGUUUAACUCUGCAGGGACAAUUCGCAGGAUUUUACACCCAGGACUGGAAGCCUGAGGAUGGUUAAGUACUCUGAGACAGAAGAUGCCUGCCUGGCUGGUACUCCGGUCAUACAUUCAUAAUCACGCUGCUGACAUACUGCCUAACUAGGAAGAGAAACGAUGGUACACCUGGUAUUAAAGUUCUCAUGCCAGCACUUUCUCCUACAAUGGAAGAAGGAAACAUUGUGAAAUGGUUAAAAAAGGAAGGUGAAACAGUGAAUGCUGGAGACGCAUUGUGUGAAAUUGAAACAGACAAAGCAGUGGUUACCAUGGAGUCAAGUGAUGAUGGCAUAUUGGCUAAAAUACUGGUGGAAGAAGGAAGCAAAAAUGUACGCUUAGGCUCACUAAUUGGUCUGUUGGUAGAGGAAGGACAGGACUGGAAGCAAGUUGAAAUACCAGCUGAUGUUACUGAUCCAUCUUCUCUAGCUCCACCAGCACCUGCGCUUACCUCAGCUCCAGCAGGUCCUUCUGUUUCAGCCCCUCCUAAACUGGAACGUCAACCUGGAAAAUUACAGGUUCGCUUAAGUCCUGCAGCUCGCAACAUUCUGGAGACACAUGGACUAGAUCCAAGUAAUAUUACACCUUCUGGGCCUCGAGGAGUCUUCACUAAAGAGGAUGCUCUCAAACUUCUGCAAGAGAAGCAGAAGGGCAAACCCAGUGAAUUGAAACCUGUGGUUUCUCCAGCUCCUCCCCAGCUUACUGCAGUGCCUUCUGCUUCACAAGCAACUGCUGUGACUUCUACUUAUCCAAGGCCAGCAGUUCCACCAGUUUCCACACCAGGACAGCCUGCUGCACUGGGCACAUUCACAGAAAUCCCAGCUAGCAACAUCCGAAGAGUUAUUGCUAAGAGAUUAACAGAGUCUAAAACUACUAUACCCCAUGCAUAUGCUGCUGCUGACUGUGAUAUUGAUGCUAUUUUGAAAUUAAGAAAAGAAUUGGCCAAAGAUGAUGUUAAGGUAUCUGUAAAUGAUUUUAUUAUCAAGGCAACCGCAGUUACUCUGAAGCAAAUGCCAGAUGUGAAUGUGAGCUGGGAUGGAGAAGUGUGCAGGCAGCUGCAAUCCAUUGACAUUUCAAUUGCCGUGGCAACAGACCGAGGUCUCAUUACACCAAUUAUAAAAGAUGUUGCUGCCAAGGGAAUAAAGGAAAUUGCUGCCUCUGCAAAGGCUCUAGCAAAGAAAGCAAGAGAUGGAAAACUGUUACCAGAAGAGUACCAAGGCGGAUCUUUUAGUAUCUCCAAUCUGGGCAUGUUUGGUAUCAAUGAUUUCACUGCAGUCAUAAACCCUCCACAAGCCUGCAUCCUAGCUGUGGGCCGAGCAAGACCAGAGCUCAAGAUUAUUGAAGAUGAAGAAGGGAAUGAGAAACUUAAGCAGCAUCAACUCAUGACAGUGACUCUUUCAAGUGAUGGUCGGGUGGUAGAUGAUGAACUGGCUUCAAAGUUUUUGGAGACGUUGAAAGCCAACAUAGAGAAUCCAUUGCGACUUGCCUUGUGUUAAACUCAGUGAGGAUUGCUUCUUGUUUUGACAACGCGGAUAACUGUAUGUGUUUGGGGUUGUUUUUCUGUAUAAAGGAAUAAAUAGUUACUGUGAGAUGAAGAGUUAAAAUAUUUAAUUUAUUGAAUUAACAUUAAAAGCUAUUAAUUUUCACUCUUAGUCUUUUGCAAUGACCAGGUAUUAUCCUGUAAAGCUAAAAGGUUUUCAAAUUAACAUACGACAUUUCUUUAAACACUUAGUAGUAAUGGCACAUAAUGUUUGCAUAAAAAAGUCAAUCUUCUCUGUAAAGGAAAAGUAAAGUAAACUUUGUGAAAUUAAAUGGGAAUCAUAGAAUAGUUUGGGUUGGAAGGCACCUUUAAAGGUCAUCAAGUCCAAGCCCCCUGCAACAAGCAGGGAGAUCUUCGGCCAGAUCAGGUUGAACCUGAUCAUGUUGAACCCCAUCCAAACUUACCUUGAAUGUUUCCAAGGAUUGGGCAUCUACUGCACUUCUCUGGGCAACCUGUUCCAUUCUUUCACCACCUCCAUUGUGGGGGGGAAAAAAAAAAAAAAAAAAAAAAUUUCUUCUUGAUACCUCUGCCAGAAAAGUCUUCUAAAACCUGAAAAACUUUCUAUUGCAGAAAUGUAACUUAGCUACUCAGCUAUCUCAGCAUUGACCAGGACUCAUAGCAGCACUUUGCUCAGUUAUGAUUCAUGCUUUCCCUCACUCUAAUAGCUACAUAUUUAGCCCUUAAGUAAAGCAUCCCAUCUAAGCACAGGAACACCUGGAGCACUGCAUUCAGCUCUGGAGUCCUCGGUACAAGACAGACAAGGACCUGUUGGAGCAGAUUCAGAUGAGGACCACAAAGAAGAAUGGAACACCUUUCCUACAAGGCAAGGCUGAGAGAGUUGGGGCUGUUCUGCCUGGAGAAAAGAAGGCUCCGGGGAGACCUUAUUUCAGCCUUUCAGUACUUAAAGGGGGCUUAUAAGAAACACUGGGACAAACAUUUUAGCAGGGCUUAUGGCAAUAGGACAAGAGGUAAUGCUUUUAAACCGAAAAGAGGGUAGAUUCAGACUAGGUAUCAGGAGAGCUUCUCAUCUAGUACUAUAGUGUGUCAUGAAUUGGAAAUAAAUAGCUAUUAUUUCCUCUACACUGAAGGUUGCUAAUAAGCAAUCGAGCAUUGCCAUUUAAGAAGUGUCCUAGCACCUACAAUUUCCUGUUCCCCAAUACCCCUUUGUAGACAGCUAUUUGCAUUUCUGUUUUUUUGUUCAAAGAGGUAUUGGAUUACACGUGAGCAGUCACAUAAUACUUGUUUGUUUCAGUGUUCAGUGACUGAAUGAUUGUUCAGUGUGUGUUCUUAGGUUUAUGGUUAUGAUGAUGGUUUUUAAUUUUCCUUGAGGUUUCUAAGUAUUAGCUAAAUGAUAGUCCAAUCAAAUGAGAUUAAUGUUUGAUAACCCUUCUGCAGUAAUUUAAAUGUUCUCAUCCUUCCUUUUUAGUCUUUGUGUACUAGGUUAAGUUUUAGAAACUUCUAAUUCAUGAAGGUUUCCUUUUUUAGUUCAGGUAAAUGAUAGUUGAGUAGAGAUUUCUCUGUUGGUUUUAAGAGGCAAGGCUGAACCCUUUGAGAAUGUGUCACUUAAAUUUAAGUCCUAACAAUCAUUUAAAAAAAUAUGCCAGCUAGAUACUGUUCUUGCGGAAGGAGUGUAUGUAAGGUGAGUAUGACAUUGAUCUCAAGAUGCAAGGAAGAUGGGCAUUGCUGCAGUAGCUUUGAAGGAUGUUAGGACAAUAGAGAAGUGUCCUCAGUGUGUCUCCUAUCAGUUUCCUUUCUGAUUAUAGUAAUGUAGCAUGAAAAAUGAAAUGUUGUUCUACAGUAAAAUGCAUGAACUAUGCUUUUUUCUUUUGCUGUAUUUUGUAAAUUACCAUAAAUAUAUGCAUAUUUAUCCAAAACUUGUUUCCAAGAAAGUGUAUUAAUCAGCCUAUUAAUCUCUUCACAUAGAGCUUUUCACUGACCCAUUCUUCAGAAAAGAGAAUCAAGGUACUGGUGUACUCACUGGUGGAUUUGCUUGGUGGUGCCACUGUUUUCGAUUGUUUCAGUCAAUGGAAGACUUGUUUUAAAGGGAAAACUGAAAUACAGAAAGGCCAGCAGAGGGCAGACUGAACAGCCUGGUUUUCUGACUUUCUGUGUGUCUCUUAAGUAUAAACAUAGUCACCGAACAAUUUUAGUAUGUAGAUAUUCUUGAAUUUAAACUAUGGUUUGAUGUUUUAGUGUUUGGUUUUGAAGUGUUUCAGAAAGCACCCGACAUGAAUAAAGAAGGAAUAGUAAACACUAAUUUGCCUUGAUCUGUUGGAAUUAGGAUCAGACAGAAAUCUUGGUCACUAUAUGGCACUUCCUGCAGAACUGGAUCAUAGAAACAUAGA